CUCUUAUUGUGCUUAUCCGGCUCGUGCGCUUUCGUCGUCGAGAUGUAAAAAUAUGCUGUGAAGAGGGUCCUAAGCUGGUGAAUAUUCUUGAUAAUGCCGGGACGAGGUGCUGGUCGCGCCCGCGCUGCUCCAGCCUGGGGUGGCGCCGGCCAGCCAGCGGUGGGGCGGGGCAAGCCAGCAGCUGGGCGGGGCAAGCCGCCGGUAGGUCGUGGCAAGCCUGGCGCCGCGGCGCCGGAGGUCAGUCAGGCGCAGACGGAGCGGCGGUUCGCCGAGGCGUGCGCCGAGAUCCGGGCCGCCUCCGAGAAGCACGUGGCGCAGUACGAGCUCUCCGACUCGGAGGAGGAGUGGGACGACGUGGACGAUGACACCCGGGACCGCAUUCUGGGCAAAGUCUGCAAUCAGUUUACUGGGAAAGACGCGCUGGGAAACACGUCCGAGUAUCUGCAGCGGGCCCUGAACGCUGACGCCAGCACGUGCCUCAUCUGUAUCGGCACUGUCAAGCGCGCAGACGCGGUGUGGUGCUGCUCCGGGUGCUACGUGGGCUUUCACCUGGCGUGCGUGCAGACGUGGGCCCGGGACAGCCUCAGUCAGCAGGAGCUCCGCCUGGAGGACGGCGACGCCAAGGCCGCCCAGCUGGAUUGGAAAUGCCCCAACUGCCGGUGCUCGUACGGCCGCGCGGAGAUCCCGAGCCGCUACCUCUGCUACUGCGGCAAGCAGGUCAACCCGCCGCUGGACCCGUGGCUGCUGCCGCACGCCUGCGAACAGCGCUGCGAGCGGCCGCUGCGGCCCGACUGCGGCCACACCUGCCUGCUCCACUGCCACCCGGGUCCAUGUCCACCGUGCCCGGUGACCGUGAAGACGCGCUGCUACUGCGGCGCGUCCGGCCCCGACACGCGACGGUGCGGCAGCAAGGCCUGGUCCUGCCGCAAGCCCUGUAACAAGACGCUCGACUGCAACACGCAUCGCUGUCCGGAGCCCUGCCACCCGGGCGCCUGUCCAGCCUGUCCGCAGACCAGCCGGCAGCCCUGCAACUGCGGCAGUCAGGCCCAGCUGCGGCCCUGCGCCAGCCCCCGCUGGCAGUGCGAUAAGGUGUGCGGUCGGCCGCUCUCCUGCGGUCACCACCGAUGCGACGCCGUCUGCCACGCCGGCGCCUGCGGGCCGUGUCCGCGCGCCGACCGCCGUCGCUGCCCGUGCGGCCGCACGGAGGUGCAGCAGCCCUGCCACGAGGAGGUGGCCACGUGCGGCGACACAUGCGACAAGUGGCUGGCGUGCGGCGUGCACCGGUGUGCCGACCGCUGUCAUGCCGGCGCCUGCCGACGGUGUCUGCAACUGCGCGUAAAACGUUGCCGCUGCGGCAGGAAGGAGAAAGAGAUGGUGUGCGACAAGGAGUUCACCUGCGAGAACAAGUGCAAGCGACUUAAGGAUUGCGGCAAGCACACCUGCAACAGGAAGUGCUGCACGGGCGACUGCCCGGCGUGCGAGCUCACCUGCGGCAAGACGCUGCCGUGCCGCCAGCACAAGUGCUCGUCGCCAUGCCACACGGGGCCGUGCUACCCGUGCCCGCUGACGGCCGAGCUGCGCUGCCCGUGCGGCGGCGCGCGCCUGACGGUGCCCUGCGGCCGGGAGCGGGGCGCGCGGCCGCCGCGCUGCCGGCGGCCCUGCCGCGCGCCGCCCGACUGCCACCACCCGGCCCGGCAGCCGCACGCCUGCCACGAGGGCGCCUGUCCGCCGUGCACGCUCGAGUGCGGCCGCGAGCUGGGCGUGACGCGACGCUUCGUCAGCGCCAAGAAGGCGGCCACGCCCUGGGAGAAGCCGCAGGAGCAGCUGGUCACCGUCAGCCUGCCGUGUCCAGCCUGCCAGGCGCCGGUGCUGGUGCCCUGUCUGGGCGAGCACGCCCAGUACCCGAUGCCGUGCGAUGUGGCGCGGCCGGCGCCGUGCGGCAGGCCCUGCGGCCGCCGCCUGGCCUGCGGCAACCACAGCUGCCAGCAGCCCGUGGGCCUGCUGCACGUGCGCUGCCACGAGCUGACCGAGGCGACGGCCGAACAGACGGAGCGCCUGCUCUCCUGCGGCAAUACCUGCCCCAAACUGGUGAGACGUGGCCCGAGCUAG